UGCGUAUACAAUACACAGUUAGUUUUGGUGCAAACAAAGUGGAACUUUUUCAUAAUUUGUUUCUUAAUAAUAAAUUAAGUCAUCGAUUAAACUUAACAGAUCUAGUCAAAACCACACAAAACACAGUUCAGGUAGAAUGUGCACUAAAAACACAAAUGUGUCAUGAUCAUGCAUGAUAAUCACACCGGGCUUGGUUUGGACCCCUACCUGAAAAAAAGCUGUUCGGAGGCGCACUCUGUUGGAAACAAGUAUUCCAAUUUUACCACCUCGUGGGGGUUAUUUGAAUUGAUGUAUAUCUUAAAAUAUUAAAUUCCGGACAUUUUUGCUCUAAGUAUUCCACAACCUCAAUCUCAAGACCUCAACACAUCCAACUUGAGCUUCAUAUUAUAAAAAUAGUUUUGGAUAAUGUCAUGUGAAGUUGUAUUGUGUCGGCGGUUUCCCCCCAUCGGACGGAGUGAUUUGGGUCCUUCCAGAGUUUUCAGUAGGUAGAGCGUCUCGAGCCAACAGCAUCAUCAUAGUCGAAGUCGAGUGAAGAUGGCGGCUCAGAGAGUGAUGCUGUCAACGAGACUUUGAGUUCACCUCUCUCUUUCUUUAAACUUACCAAACCAUCAAGGCUCCAUUUUGGAUAGCUGUAUCAAAGAAAAGUGUAUCGGUUACUCCUCCUGACCACUUAAUUAUGGAGACUCUUCAUCUUCUCCCAGAGCCUUUUCAUUUCACAGCCCACACUCUACCUCUAUCAUUGUGAGAAAUUUAAUCUCAGGUCUUUGCUGAUGUUCUGCCCCCAAUAAGGUGUCUGAACAUGCGCUGAGAUUCACACACUUCCACCCAGGACAGUCAGCUUACAGACUGAUUCAUCAAGCUCUACUAAGUUUAGCUGCAGCUGCAAGAAGACGCUCUGACUUAUCCUGCGCAAUGGUCAAUGUAUCAGCUGUGCUGGGCCUCUGCAGGGGGCACUGUUCCCCAACCUGCCCCAGUGGAGAACACCCUCAGAGCACCCACUACUGAGGUCAACUGGGCAAGUGGAGCAUCAGAUCUCAAAGAUCCCUCUGCACUAAAAGGCACAUGCUUAUCUGAACGCUCAUUGCACAGCAACACUAAAGAAGUCAUCAGAGUAGCAGCUGAUCCUUUGGAGAGUGGUGGAGGAGGAGGAGUGUCAAGAGUGAUCAAGAAACCCAAUCCUCUUAUCCCAAGCCCAAGAUUCCAGCUAAGCGAGAGUGUACUCUGAGAACGUGUGGUGGGGGGUAGAAGAGGCAACUGACCUCAUUGUAGGACUGGGGCUACAACGCACGUCAUGGGCUAUGGGGGCCAUGGUGACUUAGCAUAAAUGGCUACUCCUGACCCAAAGCUUGUGCCAGUGUCUGCUGCUCAACCCUCUUCCUUUUUUCUUCUCUUUUCCUCACUGUCCUCCUCUUGCUGCGAACGCUGCAACUGUCACGCUCUCGUCCUUCCCUCUGCCCCCCUCUCUUCCCCAGUCCCACUUUCGCUCUGCAACCAUGGGGUUGUGGAAGUUAGUGCGGGGUGUCAGGCAGCUCGAGCUCCACCGCCUCAUCCUGGUGCUCAUUGUCUUUUGCCUGUUCUCCAUGGCUUUCCUGGCCUACUAUGUCAGCAACAGCCCAAAAAUAAAGGAGGCACCCCCUUUACCCUUUAGUGACUGUGGUGGGGUUGUUGCAGCCGCAGCAGGAGGGCAACGGGCUCCUCUUUUCCUGCCCCCUUUUACAGGCAGGCAGAGGACAGUCAAAGCAGUGGAUAACUCACGAACAGAAUCUGUAGUGCUGGUCUUUGUGGAGAGCAUCUACUCUCAGCUUGGCCAAGAGAUUGUGGCUAUCCUGGAGUCCAGCCGUUUCCGUUACCAUACGGAGAUUGCGCCCAGCAAAGGUGACAUGCCUACAUUGAUGGAGCGCGAUGUUGGCCGCUAUGCCUUGGUAAUUUAUGAGAAUAUUCUCAAGUAUGUCAACUUGGAUGCCUGGAAUCGUGACCUGCUAGAUAAGUACUGUGCUGAAUUUGAUGUAGGCAUCAUCGGUUUCUUCAAAGCCAAUGAGAACUCGCUGCUCAGUGCCCAACUGAAAGGCUUCCCCCUUUUCCUGCAUUCUAACCUAGGCCUGCGGGACUAUCACAUCAACCCUGCUGCCCCAUUACUGUACAUUACCAAACCCAACGAGGUGGAGCAGGGCCCACUCCCAGGCGAUGACUGGACGGUCUUUCAGUCCAACCACAGCACCUAUGAGCCUGUGCUCCUGGCCAUCACAAAAUCCUCAGAAGCAUUGGCCCACCUUGGUCCCCACCGAGCCCUGCACGCCACUGUAGUUCAAGACCUAGGCCUUCACGAUGGCAUUCAAAGAGUGCUUUUUGGGAAUAAUCUGUCGUUUUGGCUUCAUAAAUUGGUUUUUGUGGAUGCCAUUGCCUAUCUGACAGGGAAAAGACUCUGCCUGUCCUUGGAGAGGCAUCUGCUGGUUGACGUGGAUGAUAUAUUUGUUGGAAAGGAGGGUACGCGAAUGAAGGUGUUGGAUGUGAAGGCUUUGCUCAACACACAGAAUAAACUACGGACAGUAGUUCCCAACUUCACCUUCAAUCUUGGCUUCUCUGGGAAGUUCUACCAUUCAGGUACUGAGGAAGAAGAUGAAGGUGAUGACAUGCUGUUGCAGCACAGGCAUGAGUUCUGGUGGUUUCCACACAUGUGGAGUCACAUGCAGCCUCACCUCUUUCACAAUGUCAGUGUGUUGGCGGAGCAGAUGAGACUCAACAUGCAGUUUGCACAGGAGCACGGUAUUCCCACAGACAUGGGGUACGCUGUGGCCCCACACCAUUCAGGGGUGUAUCCUGUACACAGCCAACUAUAUGAUGCCUGGAAGAACGUAUGGGGGAUCACAGUGACCAGCACAGAAGAAUAUCCCAACCUGAGACCUGCACGCCAUCGCAGAGGCUUCAUCCAUCGUGGAAUAAAGGUGUUGCCCAGGCAGACAUGUGGCCUUUUUACUCACACCAUCUUCUAUAAUGAGUACCCCGGAGGCUCGCGCGAGCUGGACAAAAGCAUCCGUGGAGGAGAACUCUUCCUCACCGUCCUUCUUAACCCUAUCAGCAUUUUUAUGACUCACCUGUCUAACUAUGGAAAUGACAGACUUGGCCUCUACACCUUUGAGUCUCUGGUGAAGUUUGUUCAAUGCUGGACCAACCUACGGCUACAAACACUGCCCCCUUUGGAACUAGCUGAGAAAUACUUUCAGAUCUUUCCAGAGGAGAUGGACCCCCUAUGGCAGAACCCUUGUAAUGACAAGAGACAUAAAGACAUCUGGUCCAAGGAGAAGACUUGUGAUAGGCUGCCCAAAUUUCUAGUCAUUGGUCCACAGAAAACAGGUACCACAGCAUUGCACUCCUUUCUCACCCUCCACCCUGCCAUCACCAGCAAUUUCCCCAGCCCCAUCACCUUUGAGGAGAUCCAGUUUUUUAAUGGGCCUAAUUACCACAAUGGCAUUGAUUGGUACAUGGACUUCUUUCCCUUUCCCUCGAACGUCAGCACAGACUUCAUGUUUGAGAAAAGUGCCAACUACUUUGACACAGAGGUGGUUCCAAAGAGGGUUGCAGCUUUACUGCCCAGAGCCAAGAUCAUAGCUGUGCUCAUCAACCCUACCGACAGAGCCUAUUCUUGGUAUCAGCAUCAGCGAGCACACCAUGACCCUGCUGCUAUAAACCACACCUUCCACGAGGUGGUAACAGCAGGUCCCUCUGCAUCUAAAGAGCUGCUGACUCUUCAGAACCGCAGCCUUAAGCCUGGAACUUACGCCACACACCUGGAGAACUGGCUUCUGCAUUACCAGGCAAGACAGCUCCAUAUUGUAGAUGGCACUCUGCUCAGAUCUAACCCAGCCCUGGUGAUGGAUGGCAUCCAGCAGUUCCUAGGGCUUGCGCCAAUCUUUAACUACACACAAGCCCUUGUCUUUGAUGAGGGUAAAGGAUUCUGGUGUCAGAGGCAGGAAGGUGGGCGUCCUAAGUGUUUGGGCAAGAGUAAAGGCAGGAAAUAUCCAGAAAUGACUCCUGAGACACGUGCCUUCCUGAUGGAGUACUACCACGAGCAUAACCUGGAACUGUUGCGGCUGCUGAAUCGGCUGGGCCAGGCGUUACCCUCCUGGCUUAGAGAAGAGCUCCAGAGCAGCAGCUGGAGUUGAGAAGACUUUACUUGCAUCUCCAGUAUCAGAACCCUUAAAAAAACAGUGUCCACUCACUACAGAGGAACAAGGGGGAGAGACUCCCAAUUCAACACCCCUAUGCCACUCUGUCCGGACCCUAGAAGCAGUGAUGGGAUGGAGUGCGGUUAUGAGUGGACUGCAAACAUGAGACUUCCCUUCUGCCAAGGUGCUUGUCCGAGAUGUUGAAGACAUUGGGAAAUGUGCCUUCUUCCCUUGCCUUCUUCCUCUUCUCUUAAAGACAUGCCUGCCUGUUAGGACCAGAACAUACUACAGGUCUGGACAAGCAUGAAUUAACUGGUGACUUGAAGUGUGUUAAUACACACUAAAUCUCAAAACGCACAUGCUUCAGUCUUGCUCAUCUCAUCAGAGUAAUGAUUGUAAAACAUUGUACAUUUGAAAGCAUUGUAUAUUUUGGGUCUGGGUAGCUGGGAUUGGGACUGAAUAGACAACCUGACAGCGUUUGAGUACAGACUGAGCUCUGUAUGAGUAGGACACCUUGAGGACCCCAGAUCUGCAGCCCCUCUCUUCUCCACACGUGCACACACAAACGCACAAAGUUGGAUCAGAAACCAAAUGGUAAGAAAGUAUAUGCAAUUGAGGGAGUAUGGAUUGUGUACACAUCUCCCACUGUACUGUAUUUCAGUCAAAAGCUUUUACUAAGUGUCUUACCUGGUUGUAUCCCCCUAUUUAUCCGAACCAUGCACUUUCCUCUACACUACGCACACAGACACGUGGAAGUUCAUGUAGACGUUGUGGUAGAUGUGUUGUAUGUCAGGAGCUGUAAACAAAGGAGAGGAGAAGGGCUGUGUUUUUAUUCAUGGUCAACAAGAGGCUGCUGUCUGGUCUUUUUUUUGGGGGGGGUGGGGGGGUUUGUAAAAAAUGUAUUUUAAAAACUCCCAACACUGUAUUAUCUCUAAUAAACUUAGAGAGGUUGGAAAUGUU